CAACGUCCUCAGUGCAGUGCCUACCGUCGGACGGAACUAGUGUUGUGAAGUGAAUGGUGUACGCUGGAUUUUAUACUGCGAAAAUGAAGCUCUUUUGGUGCUGCUUUUGCGCAGUUUUAGUAACCAUUUCUGGAGCUGCGUUGGAUGUAGAAAAAACCGUUAAACAAGUCCAAAAUAUUUUACAGUCAAAUCAAUUAUUACCAAGAUUGACAAGAGAUGAAAUAAUACAACUACUUAAUGAUAUUAGGGCUGAAGAUGCCAAAUCAACAUCAACAUCUAUAGAAUCAAAAGAAGUUAAGAAAGAAACAGCGACAACGCCUUAUAGUACAAUCGAAAACGAAAUAAAUUCACUAGAGCCGAAAUUAAACCCAAAGGUUGAUAGUAAAAGAAGUGAAAAGAUUCCAUCCCCAACUACGACUAUUGAAACGACCACGAAAAAGGCUGACCCCACAUUAAUGGUGGUUCUACCUUAUACUCCACGUGAUGGAUCUUCAUUACAAGAAUUGUAUACAAGACCACCACGAACUGAAGUUGUAGCAUUACCAAGUACUACCCCGAGACCUAAAGCCACACAAAUUAAGCAAAAAACCGCAAAGCCAAAUAACAACUUGCCUGAAAAAUUGAUUGACAACUUCCCCGAAGAAUUACAAGCCUUUCUAGAUGCUCACGGUCUAGAGGGAAAACCAGGUCAAGACCAUUUCUUAUUACCUCUUGAAGGCUUCAAACCUCUACCACCCCCCAAAGUGGUAGAUGGUACAGUACAAUUACCAGAAAAUAUACUACUUACUUACGAUUUGAUAGCACCUAGCAGUGAUUCAAAGACUAAGAACGAUGGAACUUAUUCUUUGUCUCCAAAUAACUUUUUAUAUGAACCACUACGACCUGAGUUACCAUAUGAAUUAGACACAUCAUCUUCCGAAACAAAAGAAGUUAGCCUUCCAUACGACAUGCCAGUGAGGAAGACAAAAUCUGUUCAUGUACCAAACUACGAACCGAUUGACUAUGAAUCAGUCAAAGUAAUACCAUUGAAUAAGGGCAUUAAUCCUAUCAAUGAAGAAGUCAAUACAAACAAUGAUCAAAGUAAAAGGCAAGCAGAAGAAGCAACAACAACAACUACUGAGAAAGUGGAAACAAUUUCAGCAGAAACAACUACAACCACUACUACUGAAGAACCAAAAACAAAUGCUGUGAGUGAUUCGUCGGUAUCUGCAGAUGAUUCAGGAGCUUCAAUAGCUGAUUUGGAAGAUUCGUUUGGAGGAGCAGCACCUUCAGUACCCGGGGACUCAGAAUUACCUCCUCCAAGGAAGAACGGCUUUUACUGGAUGCUUGAUUGGAACAGCUUCUUAGAAGUAGGCGAUGGUGACACAAAAAAUUAUCAAGAGGUUUUGAUGAACCCAGCGCUACAUCUUUCACCGAUUCCACAAGCCCCAGUAAGCGGGGUAGAUGACGGAACUGUCAAUCAGAUAGGCCUCGACUACACAACGAAGGUGGGCAAGGUACCCGGUAGUACCGGAGAGCUUCCAGGGUGCAGCUCUAUGAAAAGUAGUUUGGUGGUCUGGUGGUCUAUUGGCAUUACAGACACCAAACCAGAAGUCAACUUAGUGGAGAAGGGCAGAGAACUAUCCUCCUCGAACCCCUACGGCGGUGAUCGACAGCUAGCCGAAGCGCUGGUCCGGCGAUCAAUGGUAGCUAGCUGUACAACCAGAACCAGACCGGGCAUACCCGAGCACGUAGCGUUUUUAGCGAGCGCCAAAGAACCGAUGGAUGUGCCGGACCCCCGUUACUCGGCGUACAUGAUCUACAGGUAG